GGAGUAUACUUUCCAACAGGUAACGUUACAUCAGCUGGGAUGUCUGUAAAGUCCCACAUGCCUAACACUGUCAAUUUUCAAGAUUGCGAGAUAUACAAGACUGGUUUCACAAGCCUUGACUGCAUGCGAAGGGAUGGCAAGUUAUGUGACAUAACUUUGAUUGCUGAUGCCAACCGUUUCACUGCUCACAAAGUCGUUUUGGCUGCUACGAUACCCUUUUUCAAUGGGAUGUUUUUAAGUAACAUGUCAGAAUCAGUUAAAAGUGAAGUUUCAAUUCAUGGACUUGAUGCUUGUGCUUUAGAAGCGUUCAUCGGUUAUGCGUACACCGGCCUGGUGCAAAUUACUCCUCGUAACGUGCAAUCUAUUUUAAUCGGAGCCAACUUUCUACAGCUUAAUACUGUUCGAAAUAUCUGUUGCCGGUAUAUUAGCGAAAGACUGACUAUUGAUACAGUCUUACCAAUAAGAAGCUUAGCUCAAAGUUUUCUAUGCACGGAUUUAGUAUCUUCAUGUGAAACAUAUAUUUAUGAGAACUUUGAAGCUGUUGCUCGAACAAGUUCAUUUUUCCAUCUUGACGGAACUGAAUUGAUGGAAUUACUGGAGUCAGAUGAAUUACAUGUCAGCAGUGAAGAAAGAUUGUUUCACAUUGUCAUGUCGUGGGUUGAAUUUGAAGAAAAGCCAAAUUUUAAUCCUGAAACAAAUUCAAUUGUAUCUGAAUCCGUCAGUUCCACUGAAUUAUCUGAUAGUUAUGCUAUUGAUCCAAAUAUAAGAAAAACUUGGGAUUCUAAUGAUGUUGGCCUUCGGGGAUCGUGUUCUGGUGGAUUUGUACCUUCCUUACACCAUACAUCUGACCCUUAUUCAUCUCAAAUAAACAAUGACAAACCUUGCAGACCUCGCACUGAUUAUCUCCCAUGUCUAAUCAGGAGAAUCAGAUUACCAAUUAUUCCAGUUAAUUUUAUUUUUGCUGUCAUUUCUCGACACGAUCUCAUUCGUCAGGAUAUUCGUUGUAGAGAUAUUCUAGAUGAGGUACGUGAUAUGCUUUUUAUGCCGGGACAGGCAUCAAAAUUCUUUAAUUGUCGACCUCGAAGAUGUCAAGAUAUCUUUGGUAUGAUCUAUGCUGUUGGAGGUUUAACUGCAGACUUAGAAUGUCAUGGAGUUGUUGAAACCUAUCAUCCUUCGCUUGGUCGUUGGGAAUUAUCGGAAAGCAUGAUUUCUAAGCGUAGUCGUAUUGGAGUAGUUGCUUUAAACGGACUGCUGUACGCUAUUGGAGGUUUCGAUGGAACUUCAAGACUAAACACAACAGAGGUAUAUAACCCAAAAACUAAAGUAUGGAAAACUGUUGCACCAAUGAUUUGUCGACGUAGUGCAGCAGGAGCUGCUGCAUAUGAUGGACGUUUGUAUGUAUGUGGUGGGUAUAACGGACAAACAUCUUUACGUACUUGUGAAAUGUACACCCCAGAACAAGAUACGUGGCAGUUGAUACCGAGCAUGAAUGAACCGAGAUCUGCUGGUGGUCUUGUUGCACUUAAUGGUCGUCUUUAUGCUAUUGGUGGACAUAAUGGUUUAGCGGUUUUCUCAACAGUUGAAUGUUAUGAUAAACGCGAAGGUGUACUUGUAAAACGUCCAACAUCUUCAAGAUAUGAAACUACUUCUCAUACAUCUACUAUUCAACAGAAUAAUACUAGUGGUUGGUAUUCAGUUGCAAGUAUGUUACACAGGCGUUGUCGACAUGGUGCCGCUGCAAUUCGGGAUCGCAUCAUUGUUGCUGGUGGUUAUGAUGGUGCUUCUUUUCUUCAAAGUGUUGAAAUGUUUGAUCCAACAGUUGGUCCUGAUUGUAAUGGUUUACUUGGCCAAUGGACCGAAAUAACAUCAUUGUCAGUUCCUCGUUCUCGAGUUGGAUUGGCUGUAACUGCCGGUUGUUUGUAUGCAAUAGGUGGAUACGAUGGUACUACUCAGCUACGGACAGUUGAAUGUUUUAAACCUGUUGAUCAAAAUGACUAUGAACAAUUGUCAAAUGAAACUUGUCGAUUAAAACAUGAUACACCAUUUAAUUUACUCUGUAAACGUGCUACAUCAUCAAUUGUUGCUGGUGGUAAUGGUUGUUGUAGCACUGGUGGUGAUGUUACUCCUGAAAUUCCUAAAUUUCUUUACAAUUCUGAUAAUCUUUCGUGUUCUAAUAAUUCAGAUAUUGAGUCAAUUUCUUCAUUAAAUUCAACUGAAGGGUAUACAUUUGGAGAUACAAGAAAUCAGGUGCCUAUCGUAUUAGAAAAACCCAAACGUCGUGCAAAUAAUCCUAAAGUAUCAGUUUCAUCUGGUACUGCUGCUGGAGGUGGGGGUAUGACUUCAACAUCUUCCACAUCUUCAUCGAAUCCGUUUGCCGAUUGGCAGUGGUCAUUCGCACCACCCUUGAUUGCUCAUGAAGGAUGGGUUGGUAUAUGUGUUCUUCCAUUAGAUCAAUCACCACAGACGACAACUGAAUCUGAUUGUAAUUUAUACGAUAUUAGAAAAUAUUGAAUAUUCUUUUGUUUCUUCCCUGUCAACUGUCUUACCCAAGGAUAGAUUUAUUACUAAUGUUACUUGUUGACAUGUUAUGCAUACUAUUUUGGUGACAUUCACGUAUGUAUCAUUUUAUGGCAUUUGUGUAUGUAUGUGUUACUUAUCGGUGCUUUUAGUAUCGAAUAUGUGCAAUAUACCUUAACUAAAAUCUUUUUGUAAGUACACUGUGGUGUAUAAACUCUUGAUGAUAAUUUUUCUCCAUAGUAGUAAGUGGAUUUGUUCCUUGUUUUCUUCAUUUUGUGUGCAUGUGUUUGUAAAUAAUUGGUUGAUUAUUUGAUGGUAUAACUCCUUACCGUUACUUCUUUUGUUUAACAUUAGUUUAUAGACUUUUCAUUCUCUUCUUUCCUUUUGAUUCCUUUGUUUCAUUUUACUUAUUUGUGUGUGUGUAUAUUUGUGUAUGUUCAGGUGUAGUAUAUCAACUCAACUGAUAACCACGUUAGCAUAUUGUAUUCACAUUGGGUGAUGGUUGAAGGUAAAAUGAAAAUUUGGACCGCUGCCGGAUUCGAACCAGUGACCACCGGUCACCGAUCAUCUCAUCUUCAAUCAUCACCCAGUAUAAAUACUUGUCUACCAAACUACGGUUAUCUCAGAUAGUCAAAUGAUAUUGUAUUCAAUCAUCACUAGUUAUUAUCACUUCAGAGAUAUUUUCUUUCACUGUUGGCUGAUGAAUUAUUCCACGCUGUUAAAUCGAAUAGUUGAUAGAUGGAUACCUUUCACACAAUACUGUUUCAAUACUUACUGUUUUGUAAGCUUUACUACUCUGCAUUCUCAUAAUCACUUUCGACUUUACGAUAUCUACAUUCAUAUGUCUGUUUUACUUUCUUCCUGUCUGUCUGCUUUCCUUUUCUUGUCUGUCGGUCUGUCUAUUUCUAUAUUUCUUAUCCCUUUAGUGGGACCAAGAUAUUACCUACUCGUCUAGUCAUUCACUUGAUAUUUCUCAAAGGAAAUAACAUUUCUUCCAUUGUGUUUUUCUUCGUCAUUUGUUUGCUUGUUUUCUUUUCGACUUGGUUCUCGAAGCCAAAAUAUAAAAAACUUACUGAUUAUCUGUGUAAACACGAAGGUCAUUGACUUGGUUUAGUUUUCUAUUCCAUUUUCUUAUGUGUGUAUAUGUGUGUCUAGAUGUUUGUUUGGUCGAAAAAUCUAAAUAAAUAAAUCAAUAUUCAAAAUUUGUUUCUACCUAAAAUGUUUUCUUGUUAUGUAUGUAACCAUGCUGAGAAAUUCAACUAAAGGACUUUGCUGUUUUUUGCUUUUCUGUGAAAACAUUACUUUCAUUAUUAUUAUUAUCAUUAUUUUUCUUUGAGUUCGAAUUUUAUAAUUUCACUUUCUCUGUAUAAAGUUGUAAUGUUUUGCGUUUAAUGUGAUUUGUCUGUUAAAUAAAUAACAAUACCGAAAAUACCUAUUAUGACGUUAGAAACAAACAGAAGUUCAGUGAAGGUAACGGUUUUUUGCAAUUUCAUUAUUAACAAAUCACAAGAAAGUAUCAAACUUGAAGGCUAACAAAGUAUCAAAGUAACAUAAUUGAACUAUAAGUGUUAAGCUAUAGAGAAUGAAUUCACCGGAAUGGUGUAUUCGUUGAACUAGUUGUUUUCUAGGAAUAAAUGCAUGUUGUACUGAC